CUUAAUGGUUCAGACCUUUUACUGGUUCAGCACUUAAUGGUUCAGACCUCUUACUGGUUCAGCACUUACCUAUUCAGAAGUUGCCAAACAGCCCGCAAGUAAAAAUAACCCCACCGCCAAACUCCUACGCAAACCCUAUUCCUUUCAUUCCAUCGUCCCUCUCAUAGUCUCAGCCGCCAUAGUUUUCACCGUAGGUUCUCAGUCGCGACCCUACGUCGCCUACGACGGAUCGGAGGCAUUUGGAGGAAGUCCUACAUCUAUAAUAGUUGUUGAGAAAUUUAGAGCGUAGUCAAAAUGGUGAAGUUUACAGCUGAAGAGCUCUGUAAGAUUAUGGACUUCAAGCAUAACAUUCGUAAUAUGUCUGUUAUUGCUCAUGUUGAUCAUGGCAAGUCAACUCUGACCGACUCCCUUGUGGCUGCUGCUGGUAUUAUUGCCCAGGAAGUUGCUGGUGAUGUUAGGAUGACAGAUACCCGUGCAGAUGAAGCUGAACGUGGUAUUACCAUCAAAUCCACUGGUAUCUCAUUGUACUAUGAAAUGAAAGAUCAGGACUUGAAGGGAUACAAGGGAGAGAGGAAUGGGAACGAGUACCUCAUCAACCUUAUUGAUUCACCCGGGCACGUUGACUUCUCUUCUGAAGUUACAGCUGCGCUUCGUAUCACAGACGGUGCACUUGUCGUUGUUGAUUGUAUUGAAGGCGUUGAUGGUGAAGAGGCUUACCAGACAUUCCAAAGGGUUAUUGAGAACGCCAAUGUCAUCAUGGCUACAUAUGAAGACCCCCUCCUCGGUGAUGUCCAAGUUUACCCAGAGAAAGGUACGGUUGCUUUCUCUGCUGGGUUACAUGGCUGGGCUUUUACUCUUGGGACCUUUGCUAAGCUGUAUGCCUCCUCAUAUGGUUGGGAUGAGGCUAAGAUGAUGGAGAGACUGUGGGGAGAAAACUUCUAUGACCCUGCUGCAGCCAAAAAGUGGACCAAGAAACACACAGGUUCUCCCACUUGCAAGCGUGGGUUUGUUCAUUUAUGUUACGAUCCUAUUCAGAAGAUCAUCAACCUGUGCAUGAAUGAUCAGAAAGAUAAGCUGUGGCCGAUAUUACAAAAGCUUGGAGUCACCAUGAAGUCUGACGAGAAGGAAUUGACGGGCAAGGCUUUGAUGAAGCAUGUUAUGCAGACCUGGCUUCCUGCUGCAGAUGCUCUAUUGGAAAUGAUGAUCUUCCACCUUCCGUCUCCUGCCACAGCUCAAAAGUACCGUGUUGAGAACUUGUAUGAAGGCCCUCUUGAUGAUCAGUAUGCAAAUGCAAUCAGAAACUGUGAUCCAGAGGGCCCUCUUAUGUUGUAUGUGUCGAAGAUGAUUCCAGUAUCUGACAGGGGAGAUUCUAUGCCUUUGGCCGUGUGUUUGCUUGCAAGGACUGUCAUUUGGAUGGGGAAGAAACAGGAAACUGUUGAGGACGUUCCGUGCGGUAAUACUGUUGCUAUGGUUGGUCUUGAUCAGUUCAUCACCAAGAAUGCCACCUUGACCAAUGAGAAAGAAGUUGAUGCACAUCCAAUUCGUGCAAUGAAGUUUUCAAUGUCUCCCGUUGUCCGUGUUGCCGUGCAAUGCAAGGUUGCAUCCGACCUUCCCAAGCUUGUUGAAGGUUUGAAGCGUCUAUCCAAGUCUGAACCCAUGGUUGUCUGUACAAUUGAGGAAUCUGGUGAGCACAUUAUUGCUGGUGCUGGAGAAAUCCUCCACCUUGAGAUCUGUUUGAAAGAUCUGCAAGAAGAUUUCAUGGGCGGUGCUGAAAUUGUAAAGUCUGAUCCAGUUGUUUCCUUCCGCGAGACUGUGCUCGAGAAAUCUUGUCGUACUGUGAUGAGCAAAUCUCCCAACAAGCACAACUGUCUGUACAUGGAAACAAGACCCAUGGAGGAAGGACUUGCUGAGGCCAUUGAUGAAGGCCGUAUUGGUCCAAGGGACGACCCUAAAGUUCGAUCCAAGAUCCUGUCGGAAGAGUUUGGUUGGGACAAGGAUCUCGCCAAGAAAAUCUGGUGCUUUGGCCCUGAGACCACCGGUCCUAACAUGGUUGUAGACAUGUGCAAGGGAGUACAGUACCUUAAUGAGAUCAAGGAUUCUGUUGUUGCCGGGUUUCAAUGGGCUUCCAAGGAGGGUGCUUUGGCUGAAGAAAACAUGAGGGGCAUUUGCUUUGAGGUCUGUGACGUUGUACUUCAUGCUGAUGCGAUCCACAGAGGUGGUGGUCAGGUGAUCCCAACUGCCAGGAGAGUUAUCUAUGCCUCUCAACUCACUGCCAAGCCCAGGCUUUUGGAGCCCGUCUACCUGGUCGAAAUCCAAGCACCAGAGCAAGCCCUCGGCGGAAUCUACAGCGUUCUGAACCAGAAGUGCGGGCACGUGUUUGAAGAGGUGCAGAGGCCUGGUACCCCACUCUACAACAUCAAGGCGUACCUUCCCGUGGUCGAGUCAUUUGGUUUCUCGAGAUCACUGAUUCAAACACUAACGUUAGAAUCAAUAAACUAUGUUAUCUAAAGUAUCUCAUUCUAAUGUCUAACCCAUUACGACACAAUAUGCGAUUAUGGCAUGUGAAUCGAAAUUGUUCGUUUCGCAACACUUCCCUGCAAAACAUCGUUGGAAUACUAUACAAGAAAUGUACAAAGGAACU